AUGAAAUGGGGUCAUCAGACUGACCAGUCGAGCCAUCCGGGCAACGAACAUCGGCUGAUCCAAGGUGUCAAGCUUUUGCUAGAUGAAAGUCAGAAAUUCCGCUACGCACCUGCUACCGAAUCUCAGGAGAUUAUCAAGGAGCUGAAUAAAACCCCGGUGGAUGUUGCUGGUGACUACUUGCAAAAGUUAGUCGCCCACGCUCGAGAGGUUUUGAGACGUCGCUUUGGAAGUGCGCUGCAAACAAUGGACUUGGAGUACAUCCUUACUGUCCCCGCUGUUUGGUCAGACAAAGCCAAUGAUUUGACUAUGAAGGCAGCACACCGGGCUGGUAUAUCUCCUGCGAGUCUGAGACUCUUGUCUGAACCGGAGGCGGCUCUAGUGUGUGCAAUCAAAACAAUUCAACCGAAUGCAAUUGCGCAAGGCGACUGCUUGGUUGUUUGUGAUGCUGGGGGUGGAACAGUCGACAUCAUUACCUAUCGCGUCAAGCAAACCGACCCGCUCAGAGUCGAGGAAGCAACGAAGGGAACUGGUGCUGGUUGUGGCUCCGUGAUGUUGGAUGAGAGAUUCGACACACUUAUCAAAGGCAUCAUCGAGGAACAGUCGGGUCAGCCAAUCCCCCAAUCGACAGUGAGAUCUGCUAGAAGAUAUUGGCAAGAUUACAUCAAGCCUGGUUAUACAGGUCCUCUGGAUGAUGAUGACAUGUGUGAGCCUGGAUACUGGAUCCCGGUUCCCGGGGUUUCAGGGAUCUUGAACGUCGAGCUCAGCGAGGGACACCUGUAUCUAGACAGAGACCAAGUGAAAGAAAUCUUCGAUCCUAUCAUUGAGCAGAUCGAGAAUCUCGUCGUCGAGCAGAGAACAAGCGUGAAGGCAGCAGGUCUUGGUGCGUCAGGAUACCUCUUCAAGCGCCUACAGGCUGUUUCUGACGGAAUUCAAAUCAUGCAACCCCCAAAUGCAUGGUCUGCUGUUGCUCGCGGUGCUGUCAUCCGUGGUCAAGAACGGAACCAGGUCGAGGGUCGUAUUGCCAGAUGCAGCUACGGCAUUAACACGCUCGACAAAUGCGAUCCCAGCAAGCACCCCUCAGACCCAAACCUCAAAUGGUGUCCUUAUGAGGAGGAAUGGAAGAUUCGUAAUCGUAUGACAUGGUAUAUCCACAAAAAGGAUACAGCUCCCAAAAUGAUAGAUUCCAGUAUCACGAAACUGUGUGAGCUGCAGGCAGAUCUGAGCAGAAUCCCUAAAGAGCUUUUCCCGAAGAAAGUGAACUCUAGGGGGACCCAGUUUUACUAUGUCGACUUCGACUUGGUUCUAACGCCGGCUUCUGCAUCGUUAUCGUUUGACCUACAAUUCAAUGGUGUCUCCUAUGGGAGCGUGAAGUUUGUCUAUUGA